AGCACCAAAGAAGAGAAAAAUAAAAAAAAUGGAAAGCCAAAACCAGCUCUCACAACCACGGCAACCGGGCAAAGGCACCACCUUCGUUAGGACUUGUUUCAAUGGACUCAAUGCAUUAGCAGGUGUUGGCAUUCUAUCAAUUCCAUAUGCACUUUCUCAAGGAGGGUGGCUGAGCUUAAUAAUUCUUCUUCUAGUAGCAAUUCUGUGUUGGUAUACAGGGUUACUUCUGCGACGAUGUAUGGAUGCGCAUCCACUCAUCAAAACCUACUCUGAUAUAGGCAAUCUGGCAUUUGGCUAUAAAGGAAGAGCUAUAGUAUCCGUAUUCAUGUAUCUUGAGCUGUAUUUAGUUGCUGUAGAAUUUCUGAUACUAGAAGGUGACAAUUUAGACAAGUUAUUUCCCAACAUGGAAUUCAAAAUUGCUGGCCUCAAAAUUGGAGGAAGACAAGGAUUUGUUCUUCUCACUGCCCUCGUAAUAUUGCCAACAACAUGGUUAAGGAGUUUGGGCAUGCUGGCGUAUGUUUCUGUUGGUGGGGUUCUGGCUUCAACUAUUCUAGCCGCUUGUGUUUUAUGGGUUGGCGCGGUUGAUGGCGUUGGGUUCAAUGAAUUAGGCAUGCUUUUGGAUUUGGGAGGGAUGCCAACUGCUAUAAGCUUGUUUACUUUCUGUUAUUGUGGCCAUGCUGUUUUCCCCACUUUGUACAACUCCAUGAAAGAUAGAAGCCAAUUCUCCAAGGUUUUACUUGUGUGCUUUAUUACAAGUACCAUCAACUAUGGAUCAAUGGCUGUUCUGGGAUACCUUAUGUAUGGACAACAUUUGAAGUCUCAAGUGACAUUAAAUCUUCCUCUAAGAAAGAUUGGUACAAAAGUGGCAAUUUAUACUACUCUAAUUAAUCCCCUCACAAAGUAUGCAAUUAUAAUAACUCCAAUUGCUACAGCUCUUGAGGACACUUCUCUUCUGCGUGGUAGCAGAGCCCUCAGUAUCCUAAUCAGAACGGUAUUGGUUAUAAGCACAGUGAUUGUAGCAUUAACUGUUCCAUUUUUUGGCUACGUAAUGGCAUUCAUUGGGGCUUUCCUCAGUGUCACUGUCUCAAUAUUGCUGCCAUGUCUGUGCUACCUUAGGAUUAAUAAGGGUGCUCAACGUUUUGGAAUGCAAUUGAUAGUAAUUGUGGGAAUAUUAGUCAUUGGGUCAGUUGUUGGUGUAGUGGGCACCUACACUUCAGUGAAACAAAUUGUAAAGCAUCUCUAAAAUUUGAGAGAAUGCACACUCUUAAUAAGAUACAAAAAAAAAA